CCCGUCCUCUGGACUCCACCCAAGGCUCAUUUCUUGCCAAAGUCGGCCAUGUUCCCACCACGGGGAGCUACAAACCCUUUAAAUCGCGGGGAUCUGACCAAGAUGGCAGUAUCAUCCUUCCAUCCAUUCCUGAGACGACCUCUUGAGCUUCAGCUCCUGAUUUGGAGCGCAGCUUGUAAUUCCUAUGUUUCAUACCAACCAAAUGAUCAUGCCUUACAUUACGUUGAUCUUGAGCCCAGUUCUGACGGCACUACACUCUUGGCAUAUCACAAAUCCACGGCGGAUGUUGGGGCUUGUAAAGAGUCACGGGAUGUCGUAGCACGACACUCGCGCGUCGAUGGCCAAGACCAGCCUCAUCCUCCUGCGAUGCUCAGCAUUCGUGACAACGAAGGACAUUGGAAUGCUCCUGUUUGCCCGACAAAGGAUAUAUUUUGCAUCAAGUCGAGUAGCUGGGAGACCCCUGACGGCAAUGAUAAGCCGUGGCAGGUAGCUAUUCCAAAUUUGAGCCUGACAGCACCGUCAAAUAUUCCCAUCAAGAACAUCGCAUUCGAAUUCGACCCAACUUGGGAUACAGAUCUUCCUGGAACCUACUACGAUCUCAUGUCAGAGAACUCCGCCCGGGGAUUUUUAUCACGUUUCUGCUAUAACGCAUUCCUCAACAAUUCAAGGGAGUAUAUAAUUUGGCUUUUUGAAAAGACUGGCCAAUGGUCAUGGAGCCGUUGGGGCUCUGAGGAUUACAUGGGCACGUCAUUCCAUGAUUGCGACACAGAAUAUGUCGAAAUGCACCCGCCCUUUGACUGUGAUCAUUGUCACCAUUGGCACAAGUUCGACGGAAUCUUUGACAAUCUCUUCAUAUUCAUACACAACGUCGGUUUUCUCAGCAAAGUUCUUAACCGGAAUCAUCCCGAUUGGAAGCCUGAGCAUGACGACUGGAGGAACGACUGCUUUAGUAGGAUUGAGUUUUAUAUCAAUGAUAACAUCCAGUAUCUUGCUCGUCGGGACAAGCAAGUCGAGCAGUGUCCAGGAAGGGAAUAUAAUGCGCAUCAGCCGCCGACAGGUGCCAGCGAGGAUGAAGAUCUCGAAAUCGUGUCUGAACAACUUUAA